GACGCUCGCAAUGAGCUGGAGAGCUACGCAUACUCCCUGAAGAACCAGAUCGGUGACAAAGAGAAGCUUGGUGGCAAGCUGUCAGAUGACGAUAAGGAGUCCAUUGAAAAGGCAGUGGAGGAGAAGAUUGAAUGGUUGGAAUCCCACCAAGAUGCUGACCUGGAUGACUUCCAGGCCAAGAAGAAGGAGCUUGAGGAGGUGGUUCAGCCCAUCAUCACCAAGCUCUACGGUAGUGCAGGUGGUCCUCCACCAGAGGGCAGUGAGCAAGAUGAGAAGGAUGAGUUGUAGGCAGGUCUGAAGUCUUGUCGCUCCUUGGCCCUCUGGCAUGUUGGUGUACAUAUUGGACUGAUGGGACUCAAAUUGUGAGAGGAGUGGUCAGGAAGGGGCUGACAAUAACAAGUGACCAUACUGAAUUUCCUGAAAGACUUUAAAACAAGUUUCAGUGUAUGAGACGUGUUCUCUUCGCUGGAAGGCGGAGAUAUUUGUCAGCCUGGAUAUGAGGCUUGUUGCUGCUGUUCUCAGGCAGUCCUGAUGGGGAGGGAUGUAGUUGGGUGGGCGGGUGGGUUUUUGUGGGUACACUGAAUAUAGUGUCUGUGGGAUGAAGGGCUCUUUAUGUUCACAGGCAGUGCAAAAGUUUAUUUAUUGAAUCUGGUCAUUGUACGUCUGGAAGGACAAUUGAAAUAAAUGUUUGAUACAAA